AUGCCCUCCCCAGCCCCUUUGCUAAGGCCCAAGAAGGCCCAACCGGUCAACGCCCCUAAGGAAGAUGCGCCAAUUAACUACGACAUCAACAUCCCUUACGUGGAUGUCACCAAGGAAUCUCACUUGCGCACUAGGUAUCCUGAAUACCUCCCGACAUGGGACAAGAUGUGGUUUGAUCCACUCCCCCAUUUCGAUUAUGAUGACCCUGCCCUGCGCGUCGAAGACAAAUCCAAACGCAACUUGUUAACUCCCAAUGCGAAAGUGACGGAGAUCCAACCUCAAAUCGGCAGCAUCAUUGAAGGUGUGCAACUGAGCCAACUCUCUGCAGCCGCCAAAGACGAGCUUGCGCUCCUUGUUUCCGAGCGCAAAGUUGUCGCUUUCCCUAACCAGGACCUGAUCGAUGCUGGUCCCGCCGCGCAAGCGGCCUUUAUGAGUUACUUCGGUAAACCGAAUUACCAGCCCGUCUCAGGUACCGUGCGCGGUUACCCUGGGUUUCACAUCAUUCAUCGCGAUGGGAACCGGGAAGAAAUCUCACGCUUUUUGGAGCAACGCACCACCACUACACUCUGGCAUCAGGAUGUCAGCUAUGAGAUCCAACCACCAGGAUAUGUGAUGCUAGGUUUGUUGGAAGGCCCUGAGGUUGGAGGUGAUACUGUUUUUGCUGCAACCGAUUUGGCCUAUAAGCGCCUCUCCCCCACUCUCUGUUCAUGGCUGGACACUCUGAGCGCUGUCCACUCGUCUACAAAGAUGAUUAACCAUGCCCGUCUUACUGGUGGCUUGGUGCGCAAAGACCCUGUUAACACCGUCCACCCGUUAGUCCGCAUUCAUCCCGUAACCGGGGAGAAAUCCUUGUUUAUCAACAGGGAAUUCAUUCACAAGAUCGAGGGCCUCAAGGAGCCCGAGCAACAAUGGUUGCUUGAUUUUCUCAUGCAGCAUAUUAUCAGUGGGCACGACUUCCAAGCUAGAGUACGAUGGCAGCCCAGGACUAUCGUCAUUUUCGAUAACCGGAGCACGAUUCAUUCGGCUAUUGUUGACUAUGUUGAUGAUGAUUAUGGUGCCAAACUCCGCCAUAUCUUCCGGCUGUGUGCCUUGGGCGAAAAGCCAGUCCCCGUUUACGACGAUUUCGAGUAA